AUGGAGAAGCAAGCGGAGCUUGACCUGAGCAGCGAUGUUUCUUGGAAGCAGUUCUACAGCAAGCCCUCCGUACGGCGACGGGUGCUUAUCGUCAUCACCCUGGCAUUUCUUUCUCAGAGCACAGGAAACUUGGUAAUCAACAAUUAUGCUGACGAAUGGAAUCGGGGCUCAACCCUAUGGAGCAAUCUCGGUUACGAUGCCUUCACCCAACUGUGUUUCCAAGCUGGAUACAUUACAAUCUCUCCCAUUUUCAAUGUUAUUGGAUCCGGCCUCGCAGAUCACCUUGGCCGACCGACUCUGUUGUUCAUUGACCUGGCUGGGUGCAUGACGUGUGUUACUGUCGAGACUGCCAUGGCCGCGCUCUCUACGGCACGGCAGGCACGAAUAGGGCAGGCCUGGCUACUGGCCUGUUACACAACAUGCGGCGACGUUUUUGUCUUCGUCUUUGUCAGCGAGAUUUUCCCCAGCAAUCUCCGUGCGAAGGGCAGCAUCGUCGCCUAUACUGCUAAUGCUUUGACGAACUUGGUCUAUCUUCAGGUUGCUCCGACGGCCUUUGCACACAUCCACCGAAGAUUUUUCCUGCUUUUCAUCUCCAUCACCGCCUGUGGCCUGGUGUGGAUUUACUUCUUCGUGCCCGAAACGAAAGGCAUUGCGCUGGAGGAGUUGGCUGAGAUCUUUGGCGAUUGCAGGAGCCGUCCACACUGA